GUAAGACUCAUUGGCCCAUAAAAAGUUGGACUUUCAACCAAGUCCAGUUACCUUGGGCUACUAUUUUAUAAGGCCCAUGACUAUUUCGUUUCAGAGGGAAUAACGGUCACCAAAAUUUUCAAAUCUCUCUCUCUCUCGGUAUCUAUCGAUAAUGACAUUCAUCUCUAUACCCGCACCAGUUUCAUAAAUCAAAUCCAAUUUCUUUAAAUUUCAAAACGCUUGUUAAUUUUGUUUUCCUUCUCGCAACCCAACUUUAUAGCCCCCAGCGAAAAAUUACUAGUAAUGGACGGUAAAAAUCGGUUUUUUAAAUGAGUAACGAUUUUGAACAACCGGAAUUCUCCUCCGGUAAAUUCAUCCACACAGUACAACCUCUGCGGGACCUCGAAUCGAAUUGGGCCGUCGAUUUAGCCAAUAAUUUAGAGGAAUACUUGAUAAAGAUUUGUUCCGGUGAAAUCACUGGCCACGACGAUUCCCACCUGUCGGUAAAUUUUGCUGAAGCUGCAUUGCUUCUUCAGGGAUCCAUACAGGUGUACAGUAGGAAGGUGGAAUAUUUGUAUUCUUUGGUUUUACAUGCGUUGGAGUUCAUUUCCCGGAAAAGUCAGCAAGAUCAAGCAGAUAGUAUUGCUGCCCAACCCGAAGAAACUGGUACGCAUACUGCAAAGGAUGAAGAGGAUGAUUCAUUUUGGGUUUCAGAUGACAUCCCAGUGGAAGUAAAGAUUUAUUUGGAUAGUGCAACCUGUAGAGUUUCUUCCCUGACUCACUUUGUGAGGGCCCCUGCAAAUCUAAUUGUCCUUGAAGGGGAUUGCUUUGAUGCUGGUGGUGACGAUGGGGAACUAGAGUCCUAUCUGUUAGCCAAUAACGAUCUCUACCGGGAUUUCAUUUUGCUGGACUCUUGUGAUGCCGUUGCAGUUAAUAAUUUUCUAAAUGGUGAUUGUAAAGCUGGCAAAGGGCAGACUAAUUUUUGUAGAGGCAGCUCACUGACCUCUAGAGGCCGUAAGAGCUUUCAGUCACCAAUAAGACAAUCCGGGGGUAAUGGCAAUAAGUUGGCAGUUGGAAAGAAUCUUGACAAUAAUUUUACUCAGUCCCCUUCUAUUAAUCCUGUAAUAGAGUCUAACAACAACAAUGUGGGAUCUUCCCCUCCUGGCCUUGAUUUUCUUGACGAUAACCAUGAUGAAACUGGAAUCGGAGAUGGGUAUCCAGAACAAGGGGACUUGGAUGAAUCUGAUGAUGACGAUCCAUGGAAACCUACGAAUCCUCACGAACCAGGGAAUUUGAAAGUUAAACCUUAUAAGAAAGUAAAAGCUAACAAAAGGCAAGGGGUUGGUUCCAGGAAACAUGUUUCCAUAACCGAAGAAUUUCCUCUUGCAAAAUUAAAUGGUCCCACUAGUUCAGAACUCACUGAAUUAUGGGAAGCAAAGCGUGGUAACUCAGAAAGACAAGGCAAAUCUCAAUCUACUCCACUUUAUGAAAAGCUUCGGGAAUCACUUGUUCUUCGAGGAAGUAAAAUGAACGAUGCCUUUUAUGAACCUGAGGAUAACAUUGAAGAUCAUGGAUAUGAUAGUGGGGAUCCAGAUAGUGGCCCACCUGAUUUUGACUUUCCAGAGAACAAAUACAGUCAAGAUGAUGUACCUUCUCACCAGGAAAAUCAUGAUAGUGCUGGCGAUCACUUUGUAUUCAAUGAAGCUUAUGAUGAUCCUGGUGCUAAUGCAAGCCUUGAAGAUCUUUGCCGUUCUCACUUGGAUUCUCUUCUUGCUAGUCUAGCCGAGAGCGAGCAGACUGAAUUGGCUACUAGGGUUUCAACAUGGAAACAAAGAAUAGAGCAGAACUUGGAAGAACAAGACGCUCGGCCACCAUUUGAUAUUCAUGAAUAUGGUGAUAGAGUUUUGGAUAAACUAUCUAUGGAAGGAGCUGAGGGAAAGGCCAAGUCUUUCGAAGAUGUUGUCAGGGGACAAGAGAAGCAUGACGUUGCUCGGACAUUUUCUGCUCUUCUUCAAUUGGUGAAUAAUGGAGAUGUGGAUCUGCACCGAGGCGACAAGAAUGACAAUUUCACUUGCCACACGGCUGCUAAUCCUUUCUAUGUUCGGCUUCUGAGGCACGAGAUAAGGAAAGGAGUGAAGCUUCGGUCAGCUAAAAAGAGAGUUAAGUCUCCUUUAACGAAAGUAUUUGCCAGUAGUAAAAGAAACAAGCCGGGGAAGGAGAAUCGCCCAGUUGUUAAUAAUUCAUGGCCUUCACCUUCACGUUCUACCUCAACCUCCAGAUUCUCUCCAAGUCCAAGAAAGGCAAGCAGCGCCCGGGGCACUCCUGAAGGCAAGAAAAGACGGAAAUCACGAUUGGUAGCCCCUUUAGACUUACAUGCAGCAGGGUAACACAGCCGGUUGGCGAGGUGUACACCACAAUGCCUUUGUAUCACUAAGGUAUUGUCUAAUGGCUCAACCUCAAAAUUUUGGGACCAAAAGCAGUUAGCAACUAUCUUAUGUUUAAUGUCUUAAUCAUUGUAGUUCUAACUUUUAAGAUACUAGUAACCAAAUGGCUACUGAUGUCUGUAACAUUUGUUUGUCCUAAACUGUUUUGUUGGAUUUAGCACCAUAGCCAGAGGAUUGUAACAUUGUUUUUAGUUGAUUGUUGCAUUUUCAUUGAAUUAUUGAAAUAAGGAGAGAAAUUUAAAUAGAUAGAAGAUUGUAUCAAAAAUCCUACAAUUUUCUAAU